UCGUACACAAACACUCGGCUUUUUCAGUCGCUUAAAGAUAGGCAUGAUGUACGCGAACACAAGUCGGCCAAUGAACGACGACCACGUGACUUUUACCCGAAACUUCCCCAAGACUUCCAUUUCAAAUAGUAACCGAAACACAGCAACACGGGAAUUUUAAUUUAAGACAAAAAGGCACAAUUAAAAAGUGUGGCUAUCGACGACUUCUUCUUUAAGAAUAACUUAUUAUUAAAUCAAUUAUUAGACCAUUUUUUUUAUACUUUAAAGCAGUUGUCUGUAGUAACCAUUAUACUGAGACAACAAACUUUAACAGAAUAUUGGUGCAAUCCUCUUUGAAGGAUGGAUUCUGGACUCAAAUUUACCCUCCUUGUAUUGGGGGUAUGGAUCUACUGUUGUUCGACCCCGGGGCAAACGCAGGAGAUUAUUUCACGCGUGGGUGACCGCUUAGACGACUACCGGAUUUCCGGCUCCAUAUACGUACUGCACGUGCGAGAGAUACCCGACUCGUUGACUGAUCUGCUGCUAGACCACAUAGAAACGUACGGUCACGUGAUCGUAAAAUUCGCGGGGAACCCAAUAAGCAUUGUACGAGAUGCCGACGCCUUGCACCACCUUCUGCGCGAGUCGGUUCAUCAUUCCAAGAAUGUCAGCAUCUCUCAGGACCUUCUGAACGUGGCAUACAUCAGCGAACGGAACUCGCACCUGCUGCUGGUCGUAGACGAACAUGAAGCGGAAAUGACAGUAGACACUGACAUGGCACUGGCCUUCCUCCGAGGAAGCACCAUCAGGGUUGACGUCAUACGACUUCCGGUUACAUCAGGCGGACGACAACGCCGGCAAUCGUCCGUCAACUUCUAUCAACUGCUCGCAAACGUUUCGGGGGGCUCCGUGAUUACCACAGACAAGAACAACAUCGGAAGCGCAGUAAACAUCAUCACUCAAAGCUUACAAAGUAAUCGAGUGAAUUUAAUGCGCCUCUCCUACAGCGGUGCACCAGGGACAUCUUUUAUGGUGUUUGUUGAUGAUACCAUAACGCAGUUGAUCGUACGCGUGCAAGCGGAGAGGGCACAGCCUGUUGUAAUCGCAAUGACACCAUCAGGUACGCCAUCUUCUGCAAGGCCUACAAGUAUCGGCUCUGUGUCUGCUGGAUCGGUUGUAGCUCUACUAGAAAUCAACAUCACACAGGCAGAUUACGGAAUUUGGAAAAUUAUGAAAAUGGACAGCAAUUUAUGGGACGUCACAAUACAGGCCAUUAGCCCAGUGGAUUUCACACACAAAUUUGUAGAGCCUGGACCUGGCGGUUUCGGUGAAUAUGAAAUAAAGGGAAGACCCAUCUCCGGUGUACUUUACAAAAUGGUUGUUGAGGUACCAGAAUACGCAAAGCUUUCUAAGGUGCAGUCGGUUUUACUAAUGAUCAGAGACAGCCAAAGUCCUAAAGGUUUCGGAGUGUUACAAAAUGUUGGUGGAAGAAGAGGACAAUCCAUUUUCACCGCAAAUAUAACAAUUCCAGUUGAGCCGUUUAUGGUUGCAAUUCAAGGAUCAGAUAAUUCAUCCCCAACAAAACAUACAUUUAAAAGACUGGACCCAAAUCUCAUCACUCCUGUGACCUUACGGUUGUUCAUACCUCCGCUCACAGGGGUAAUACUGUGGGCAAACGAGACGUUAGACAUCCCAUUCACGGUGCAGAACGCUGGUGCCGAUGAACAGGGCAUCGACGUGAGAAUUGAAGACGACCAACACUUCGCUCUAGAUCCUAACAUUCAUUCGUAUAAUAUAAAGGCUGGAAUGAACGAGUCUGGAACUUUUACCAUAAAGGGCGGGCCGAAAGGCGGUGUAACAACCACCGUGACUAUCAAUGCCAAGCCUUUUGUGAUGGGUUCAAUGACGUUCCAGUCAGGGCAGUUCGACAUCCGCAGAUUUACAGUCACAGAGCAUGAGGACCACAUCAACCCCACGUGUAAUAUCACUCUCACCACGGGACCAUGCAACAUAGGCCCCGAUCCAUGCGCAUGCGUCAACUUCACGUGGUCCGCGGAGAUGAAUGUUGGUGACGAAGGGUUCGGUCUGAAGAAGGUCUACUUGGACCCGGCUUCGUCUACGUUCAAGUUCACCGUGGACAGUUUCCAGCAGGGACACAACAUCAGCAUGGGAGUUAUCAAGGCAAAACUUGGAUCUGACUGCUGUCUGCAGAACGCCACUAUUCGGGUGGAAGAUUUAGCGGGAAACACCGACGAAUGUGACAUCAACAUCACCCAAGGAUGGGUGCCACCGGACCUUCAAGCCUGCUUUACGACAACAACUACGACCCAAUCAACAACCACACCAAUGUCUACAACUACAACUCUUUCGUCAUCCUCGGUAUCUUCAAGUGUGCCUACAUCUACCCUGUCAACGUUGUCAUCGCAAUCAACAGGAUCAACAAAAGCGACAGCAAGCAGAAGCCCCGGGGCAUCAACAGCUUCCACAGCGGGAGGUACACUUUUCGCCACAGGCACCUCUAAUUCCUCAAGUGGUACACAAUCACCUUCCGGCGCGCCACAGACUGGUGUAACACAAACCCUAGCGGGAACGCCAAACGCGGGCGGAACACAAUCUUCGUCCGGAGCAUCAACAGGUAUAAACGCGUUGGCAGGCUCAGUUGGUACGUCAGGAACGCAGUCGGCGUCAGGAACGCAGUCGGCGUCAGGAACGCAGUCGGCGUCAGGCCCGCCACAAUCUGGUGCUACACUAGCCACGUCAGGAACGCAGUUGGCGUCAGGUUCGCCACAAUCUGGUGCUACACAAGCCCGAUCAAGAACUCAGUUGGCUUCAGGGUCGCCACAAUCUGGUGCUACACAAGCCACGUCAGGAACGCAGUUGGCGUCAGGCUCGCCACAAUCUGGUGCUACACAAGCCCCGUCAGGAACGCAGUUGGCGUCAGGCUUGCCACAAUCUGGUGCUACACAAGCCACGUCGGGAACGCAGUUGGCGUCAGGCUCGCAACAAUCUAGUGCUACACAAGCCCCGUCAGGAACGCAGUUGGCGUAAGGUUCGCCACAAUCUGGUGCUGCACAAGCCCCGUCAGGAACGCAUUUGGCGUCAGGCUCGCCACAAUCUGGUGCAAUACAAGCCCCGUCAGGAACGCAGUUGGCGUCAGGCUCUCCACAAUCUGGUGCUACACAACCCCCUUCA